UGGCAGCUGAUUUUUUAAUGUCAGCCAAGUGUCAAAUGGUUGUGUGUCAAACCAGGUUUUCUGUUAUGUUAUUGUGAUAGAUUGUUUGUCUUUCUAAACUAAGUGUCUGCUACUUAUUUGUGAAAAAUAAGAAACACAAAAGAAGAGGUUAUUUUUAUUGCUUUAAUAAGGGCACUAGUUCUAAAACUAUACGUGGUGCUUCAAUACGACAACACUCAUUGCGCAAAAACACUGAAACAAAGCCUUCUAUGUACUGAAGCGAUCGGAAUACCUUAAUCGAACAACUUUUAACACUCACUAUAAUGGCAGAUGCAGAAUACACAAAAUAUGACGAUGUAUUGACAAAUAUUCUAGUGAACGAAAAAUCUAUUUUAGGAUUUCUUUCAGCGAUAUUUAAUUUCUUAGCAAGACGUACUGACUUUUACUACGUCCCUGAUGGUCAGUAUGAGAACAUGGGUUUCCCGCCAGGAGUAGCUGAAGAGCUCGUAAUAAAAGUGUUAAGAAAGUGCGAUCCCAAAAAUUGGGCAAGUCCAAACUCCGAGAAUUCAAGCAAUACUCAUAACCCUGUAAACAUCAACAAUGAAAUAAUGUGCUCAACUGUAGCUCAAGAGGUUGAAGUAGUUGCAGAAGAAGAGAUUCAAGAUUGCCCUUCUGAGACAGCAAAGUCUGAAAUUACACCUAAACAGAUUGCAAGUAAUGACCCACAAAACAGUACUAUUCAAAAGACUGAUGACAUACCUUCAUGUGCCCCACCAGUUAUCCCGAUCCAGACAAAUAGUGACACAUACAAUGGAGCCGAAAGAGAGAAAUAUUCUUGGUCGCAAACAAUAAUGGAGCUUGGUAAACAAACAAAAUUAUUUACUUUAACAUUUUUGCAAGAACAUAUACACACAGUUGCACAAACGUGUAUUAAUAUUGUUGUUAGUUCAAAACAACAUUACCAAUACAAAUUUAGAGAAUUUAUUAGAGCUUAAAGUUGUAAUUAAAUCUUAAUAGAUAGAUAAAUUCUUUAUUAGCAUCAUCAAACUUUCAGAUGUAAUAGUGAAGCUUCCACCAGGCAUAAAGUCGUCAAAAAACCUUAAAGUGGCUAUAAAUAGUGGAGAUAUAUGUGUAGCAUGUGUUAAUGGAGAAAUCAUUAUCAAAGACACCUUGCCAUACAAAAUCAAAACAAUAGACAGUUUUUGGAGCAUUAGUGAAGGAAGACUAUUGAUGCAUUUUGAAAAAGUUCAAGAACGCUGGUGGAAUAAAUUUUUAAAUAGUGAGGAACCAAUUGAUUUGUCAAAAAUAGAUUGUUCAAGGCCCUUAGAUGAACUUCCAGAAGAUCAUAUUGCUAAGGUAAAUAAUUAUUUUAUUUCUUUUCAUUUCCUUAAUAACUUUGAGUAUUGCUACAAUUGUAGUCAUUGUCUGUUCUUCAGUUUCUCUAAUUUUCAGUUUUUAUGAUUAAGUUCACAUACAUACAUUUCAUUUGGUUUUAUUUAGUUCAUAAUAAUGUAGUUUCAUAUGCCCUUAAUAAAUCUUUGUAUGCCAGGUAAGAGAACUUCAAUGGAAUCAAGAACAAAAACUGAGAGGUCUUCCUACAAGCGAUGAAAUUCGCAAUAUGGAUAUAUUAAAGAAAGCUUGGAAUGCACCCGGCUCUCCGUUCAAAGGCAAAGAAUUUGAUCCAUCAGUACUUAGCAAAUCCAAUAUCUCUUAACAAAGAAAAUUUAAUAUAUUUAUUCAAUUAAAUAGUUGUUUUAAUUCGCUCUCACAUGAUAUAAUUA